UGGGAGCUGUAGUUUUCUGUUUCUUCCGGAAUGGCUGCCUCCUUUAAGCAACAGAGUACCCUUGUUGAGGACUGCUACUGAAAGGUGGUGUCAUGGAUCUGCAGCAGCCCAGUCUCUCCAAGUGACAGGACAUAAAGCAGGACCUUAGAUUGCCACAAAUUAAGGGAGGAAUUUUGUACAUGAUACCUUUCUUUAAAGGUACCUCUCAGUUCACCUUUCAGAAUGGAAAUAGAAGGCAUCAGUCAGCAGAGCCAGAAGCUCAGUAAAACUGAGAAGAAGUUGCGGCAAAAACAGAUGAAGGCCAGAUAUACUCUACUAAAGCAUGAAGGCAUCGAGUGUGUAUCAUACCCUACCAAGAACCUGGUCAUUGCGAAUGGAGGCCUGGGAAAUGGCGUAAGUAGAUGCCAGUUGCGCAGUGUGGUAGAGGAAAGUGGACUGGUGGAAGCUCUUUUGAUGCCGCCAAAGAAACCCUAUGCCUUUGUGAAAUACACAACAGCAGAAGAUUCAAAGCGAGCCUAUGAUUCCCUCAAUGGAAAAGAGAUCCUGAUGGAGGGCUCCAGUCAAAACGUCGUUCUCUAUUUCAACUUUGUGGAAAAAGUUCCUUGGGAAGAUGUGACACCUGUAACCUUACCUCCUGGCCUGAUGGUAGUUGAAGAGCUGGUUUCGCCUGAGGAAGAAAAACAGCUUUUGGACAGUAUUGAUUGGGAAGAGGAUGAGGUCAUUUCUAAUGCUCAGAAGUCUUUAAAACACAGGAGGGUCAAACACUUUGGAUAUGAGUUUCGGUAUGAUAACAACAACGUUGAUCGAGACAAACCAUUACCUGGAGGUCUCCCAGAUAUCUGUAAUCCACUCCUUGAAAAAUGCCUGAAGAUGGGAUACAUUAAAGAGAAACCUGAUCAACUGACUAUAAAUCAGUAUGAACCUGGACAGGGAAUUCCUCCUCACAUCGAUACUCAUUCUGCUUUUGAGGAUGAAAUAAUAUGUCUAAGCUUAGGAGCCAAGAUAGUUAUGGAUUUUAAACAUCCUGAUGGGCACGCGGUAGCAGUUGUGCUUCCACAGUGUAGUUUACUAGUAAUGUCUGGAGAAGCCAGGUAUCUUUGGACCCAUGGCAUUACGCCUAGGAAGUUUGACAUUGUUCAAGCAGCUGAAGGACAGAAAACUGGAAUUGUCUCUGCGGACACUGGAGAUUUAACCUUAAACAAAAGAGAGAGAAGGACAUCUUUCACUUUCAGGAAAGUGAGGAGAAGCCCCUGCACUUGCUCUUAUUCUUCUGUAUGUGACAGUCAGAGUCAGGGUGCAGGACCUUCGUUCCUGGAUGACGAGGGAGAAGCCGCAAAGCUAGAGGAAAAAUAUGUCCAUGAAGUGUAUGAAGAGAUCGCCACGCACUUCAGCAGCACCAGGCAUAGUCCAUGGCCACGAGUCGUUGAAUUCCUUGGGGCCUUACCUUGUGGGUCCAUUGUGGCUGAUGUUGGCUGUGGCAAUGGAAAGUAUUUAGGAGUCAGCAAGGACUUGUGUAUGUGUUUCCUCUGGCUGAAUGCAAAUGCCUUGAUCAUAACACCAGAAAUUAUUACUGGUGUGAAUCAUCAAAGACAACUCCGGCUGAACUUCAGCAAAACCAAUAUUCAUGGGGAAGACAGCCAUCCGUCAAGGAAAAAAGCUGCAGACCACACAACCUGCCAUGUGACCCUUAAGCCGGCUUGCUGUCAUCAGUUUGGCUGUGAUCGUAGCAAGACUCUUGUGGACAUCAGUGGCAAGAGGGGGUUUCAGGCCUUUGUGUGUGAUGCACUUUCUGUGCCAGUACGAAGUGGCUCCUGUGAUGCCUGUAUCUCCAUUGCACUCAUCCACCAUUUUUCGACAGAGGAAAGAAGGCUGGCUUCUCUUGCUGAGUUAGUUCGGUUGCUGCGGCCUGGUGGAAGGGCACUCAUUUAUGUCUGGGCUAUGGAACAGGAGUACAACAAGCAGAAGUCUAAGUAUCUGAAAGGAGAAAAAGCUAGUGAUGGUAAGGCAGAGAGUAUCAUCAGUGACUCCCUAAAGGGAAUGGGCAAGAGUAAUUACGAGGGAUCAGGUUGCCCCAAUAGAAGCCGUAGUCAGUGCAACAGCCAGUGCUGCAGUGCAACCCAGAGCAUUCUUGCCAAGUUGCCAGUUCAUACCAACAGAACUUCCUUUAACUCCCAAGACUUGUUGGUCCCUUGGCAUCUGAAAGAUGGCUCAAAGAAGAAAGCGGGCCAUGCCGAGCCUCAACAGCCUCUGGCUGGCUCUCCAAAGUCACAUGAAUCGACUCCUGUUUUUCAUCGUUAUUACCAUGUUUUCUGUGAAGGAGAAUUGGAACUGAUGUGCAAAAGGAUAGAAGGCAUAAAAGUGCAAGAGAGUUACUAUGACCAAGGAAACUGGUGUGUAGUUCUUGAAAAGCAGUAGUGUUAAUGUUGCCAUUUUUAACAUGAAGAUCUUGUACUGGGUUUCUUUGAAAAGCUACUAUGAUGGCUUUGAGUUCUGCCUUUUAUUUAUAAAAUAAAUGCUGUUUCUGCAACAUAA